CUCAGAGCCGCGGCCAUGGCGGGUUUCGUGAGGGAGCUGGAGCGGCGGAACGGGCCGGCGCUGCGGCUGGAGCAGCGGGUGGCCGGCGGCGUGGGCUGCGUGGUGUGGGACGCCGCCCUGGUGCUCGCCAAGUUCCUGGAGACCGGUGCUUGCCCACUCGCCCGCCGCCACGUCCUGGAGCUGGGCGCGGGCACCGGCGCCGUGGGCAUCAUGGCAGCCACGCUGGGGGCGAACGUGACAGUCACAGACCUGGAGGAACUGCAGGAGCUGUUGAUGGCGAAUAUUGAGAAYAACAAGCACCUGUUCACAGGGUCCGUCCGAGCCAAGGUACUGAAAUGGGGUGAAGAUGUAACAGAAUUUCAGCCUCCCCCCGAUUAUAUCCUCAUGGCUGAUUGCAUUUACUAUGAGGAGUCGUUGGAACCAUUGCUGAAGACCUUGAAGGACCUGGCUGGCCCUGACACGUGUCUCCUGUGCUGCUACGAACAGAGGACUAUGGGGAAGAACCCUGAAAUUGAGAGAAAAUACUUUGAACUGCUUCAGAUGGACUUCGAGCUGGAAAAAAUUCCCCUGGAUAGGCACGACGAGGAGUAUCGGAGUGAAGACAUUCACAUCGUGAGCAUCCACAGGAAGCAGACGAACUUUCCAUCGUGAGCUCGUUGACCACUGGAUCUCUCCCCUGGCAGAGCUCUGGAGAAGAGGGAGAGGGGAUGGGAUAACACCACAGAGGGACUGUCUGCAGUGUGGUUGUGACUCGUCUGCACCAAACYGCUUCUCGCUGGCGGCCUUGGCACGGGGCUUGGCAGCCGAGGUCUCCGACUGCGCCUUCCGGCAGGACAGCUGUGGGCCGGCCGUGUCUGCGGGCUGGGGAGGCGGGGAAUGGAGCUGGAGCCUCCUCCGGAGCAGCGCUGGGGCGUGUCCCGGUGCCUUUGCCCGGCAGCUCUUGUGGGAGUGGCGCUGCUGAGCGCUCACCGGGCAGAUCCGAGGGCACCGCGCCGAAAUCUCUGCGAGGGAAAAACUUUGGGAGUGGCUCAACUGUUUGGUCAAUAAAACUUUGGCACUGGAGAUGGGUUUUGGACAGUGGAUUGUUCUUUCAUCCUGUGGUUCCUGUGUCUUUCCCAGAGCUUCUCAGAGUCUCAUUCCAGGAGCUGUGGCUGUUGUCGUGAUCGUUCCUG